AUGCCUCCUAUCGGUCGAAUUCUAGUAUUACUGUGUCUCGCUGCCACUAUUAUGAACACAUUCUAUGGCUUUGGCAAUAACUUAUAUGAUGCUGCUCAAUCCGACGAGGCCAAUGAUAACGAGUUCACCCUUACAGUUUCUCCGGAAACAUAUAAAUCAACUGAAUACGUGAACAACACCGAUUGGACUGUCAUUAACUCAAUUGAAACAAUAUAUUAUGAUUCAGAGUAUUCAGACAUAGACCUAGAUGUGGUGGCGAAAAAAUAUCCCGAGGUACGUAAGGGCGGUUGGUACAUCCCGUCCAAUGUUACCACGUGGCACAAAGUUGCUAUCAUAGUGCCAUACAGGGAUCGCCAAAAGCAUCUGGCGAUAUUCAUAAAGUAUAUGCAUUCGUUUCUUUUGAAGCAACAAAUAGAAUAUGUAAUUUUUAUUAUCGAACAAGCAGGAACGCGUCUCUUCAAUCGCGGCCACCUCAUGAACGUAGGAUUCUUAGAGAGCCAGAAGAUGGGCAGCUGGGAGUGCUUCGUCUUCCACGAUGUGGACUUGCUGCCGGUCGACCGGCGGAACCUGUACCAGUGCAGCAAGCAGCCUCGACACUUGGCUGCUGCCGUGGAUACGUUCAAUUUCGAGCUACCAUAUAAUAAUUUAUUUGGCGGUGUGACAGCUUUAACGUUGGAGCAGUUCCAGAAAGUCAACGGCUUCUCCAACCGAUACUGGGGCUGGGGUGGCGAAGACGACGAUAUGUUUCACAGGUUAUGGAUGAUGGGUUACCGUAUCACACGUUACAAUAUGUCCGUAGCUCGGUAUAUUAUGCUCGGCCACUCGAAACCACUGCGCAACCCAAGAAGAGAGCACAUCUUACGAGGAACGAAAAAAAUUGUCAAGGAAGACGGAAUAUCGUCACCAGCAUACGUGGUUAUAAAGAGAAACUUUCACCAGCUGUACACGCAUAUCAUUGCGGACAUCGGCCGGUCGCCCAGAUACCGUCAGCUGUUGAACAUAAUCGAGAAAUAUUAA